AUGCACUCUUACCUUAUUAAUUUUAUUAUUUUUUUAUUUAUAUAUUUUUUACCUUUAUUUUUGGCUAAAAAGGAAAUAGCUUUUCUUCAGUGUAUUUGGAGACAUGGAGAUAGGGGGCCAAGUAAACUUCCAUACCCAGGUGAUCCGUAUGACGAAAGUUUUUGGCCUAGAGGUUGGAAUCAGCUAACAAAUCUAGGAAUGCAACAAAUGAAUGAACUUGGUCAAUUUCUCAGGCAACGUUAUGUUGAGGAUUGGCCUUUUUUGAGUUCCAGUUAUGACCCUGAUGAGGUAUUUGUCCAAUCAUCAGAUUCAAAGAGAGCACUAGUUUCUGCUCAAGCACUUUUACACGGUCUAUAUCCAGUUAUAGAUCCAGAUGACCAGUUUGACCCAAAUCUGAAUUGGUUACCUAUUGCUGUGCAUUCUACAGGGGCUAAUAAUGAGGCGAGAAUAGAUUUUAUACUUUUGAAACCAACAAGUUUUGAAUGUCCCACAUAUGAAGGAAUUAAAAAAACAACAAAAAAAGAAUUAGAAAACGAAUUAAAAAUUAAAUAUAAAGAUUUAUUUGAAUUUGUGCAAAUUAAUGUUUUUAAUUCUACAAUGCCUCUAACACUGCAUCAAGUUGCUUCUUUAAAUAAUUUAAAUAGAGAGGCAAGUUUAAUUGCCCACAAUUUAACUCAACCAGCCUGGGUAGAACGUAAAUGGCCUCAGUAUGGAAAUUGGAGUACUUUAGAAUUGGUAACAGAAUUGAGACGAUUGGAACGUAUAAAUGAAUUUAAUCGUCCAGAAAUGGCUUAUUUAAUGGGUGGUUAUUUACUUGGAGAUUGGAUUAAUAGGGCGGAGAAGGUAAUAAAUUCAAAAUCUCCAAACGAAGCAGAAAAGGCCGUUCUUUAUUCUUCACAUGAUGGGACUUUACAAGCACUUCUAAGUCUAAUGGGUCAAAAAUUUGAUAAAUUGGUGCCUUAUGCUAGUACUAUUUGUAUGGAGAUAUUAAAAAAUAAUGAUACCUUUCAUAUUGAGAUGUUUUAUCGCCAUUCCGGUCUCGUCCAACAUUUAAACUUCCCAGAUUGCCCAUUAACUCAAUGCCCAGCAGAAAUUUUAAUUAAAUCGUUGAGAAGUAGAGCUAUUUUUGAAAGGAAAAGACUUUAUCAUCUUUGUGGAAGUGGAGAUGCUUAUUGUUAA